AUGUCGGACUACGAUCUACAGUUUCAAGCCGACUUGGAAAAAGCGCAGGCUCUGAGUUUAGAAAGUCUGGCAUUGGAGCAAUUUCGCAGGCAGAAGCAACUAUCUAGUUCAGAUAAUGGUCGGGAGUCGGGUAACGCCAGUGUGCGUCGUCGAGACGAAACCGAAGGUCCGCCUCCAGCUUUACCUCCGCCUCCUAGAAAGCCUCCACGGAGGACGUCGAGCUCGGAAAACUCUGGGUCAACUGGUACAAGCCCUACAAGAAACACUAGCAGCGACCUGAUUUCAUUUGCAAGUCCAACAAGUAAAACUCCACCAAAGAAUUCUCAUGCCUUCCUCAAGGAGUAUAUCGACCAAAUUAGCAAGUUGGGUCAACAGACUGAAGAUUUCACGUUAAAUACUCCAGACGCGGCUACGAUGAAUAACCAAUAUAACCAGCGUCCGGGAUAUCCGUACAAUGCCCCAUACAAUUACAUUGCCCCUCCACCUUACUCAGGCAUCCCUCCCUAUCCCACCAAUAAUGCUUAUGGAAUGCCUACUCCUAUGGGUAGUCCGAUGUCCAAUUACUCCUACUAUCCACCGAUUUUGACACAGCAAGACCAAACACCUAGGGCGGUUGUUGUCACCAAUCCUCCAUUGUAUCCUCCGCCUUAUACACAAACUCGAAUGACAAAUCCCGCACCAUACCCCAUAUACAAUCCUAUACAAAAUCCCUCACAACCUCCGCCGUACAAUUACAAUACAACUAAUUUAAUAUCCAGGCCACCGAGGCCGGUUUCAUUAUACCCUCAAAUAAAUCAAAUGCCGCAAUAUCCGCCUUACAGCGCGCAAAUUACAAAUGUUAACAAUAACAAUAGUGUGCAAUCGGUUGUGAAGAAUGAACCUCCAAGUGUUGACGGCAAUUCAAGGAAGUUGUCUGAACUUAGUAUCGGGUCGAACGAGUCAAGCGACACAGUGGAAAGUUUACCACAGUCGGUGAACCUGAUCGACUUUGGUCGGAAGUCGGCAGGGCAAGGUAGCGUAAGAGUCAGUGUGUUAGAAGCGUUUGAUCCGCUACUAAUUGAACAGAAUCAUUCUGCGUACGCUCCGCCCUCGGCACCGAGCAGCGUGUACGAGGUAUACGACCCGCUGGACUUCCUGUACGGUGAGACUCAGAUGCGCGUGUACGCGUCUCUGAGUAGAGACAACGCACUGGUGCCUUCGCCGCCUCCUAAGAACAUUCCCAGCGUACCGGCCGUAGCUAAACGACCCACUACGAAUAAACUUUACGACUGCAUAAUUAAAACACAGACGAAGAAUUAUGACAGCGAGCACAAAGCAUUUUUAAAAAUGGUCCUCGAUGUUAGAAAAAAAUUCAUAUAUACCGACGAGAAGACAAACCCAGGUCACGUGAUAGCGGCGCGGUCGGGUGGCAAGUACCCACCCAACACUAGCAUUAAGAUUCUAGUCUACAACUCGCACACCGACGAACCCAUCACCUUUACUUCCGAUGUUGAGUCGACGAUAGAACACGUAAUAUUAACAAUAGUAUGUUCCCUUGAUGAAGAUAUAAGAGAGGAUAUGUCUGAAUAUAUGUUAAGGGUUUGGGGAGCAAAAGAAUACCUAACACCGGGCAGUUCGCUAAGUGAAUACGAUUAUAUUCGCGAAUGUGUUCGCUUAGAGAAGGAUGUGAGAUUGGUUUUAUGUGAAGGAAAGGAUACUUCUAUGGCAAGAACUGAGCGGGAUGAUGCAAGGGAUGCUCAUCUUACUUUAGAUGAUUUGAUUCCAUCCCAAGGAGCCACCCCUAUGUUGUCGUUUGAUAAUCUAUCUAUUUUACUUGAGACGCUGGAGGGCGAGCUAUCGCGCGCGAUGGGCGUGCUGAGCGCGGAGGGCGCGGCGUCGCCCAGCGCCGUGUUCCAGGCCGUGAAGGCCAUCUGCGCGCUGGCCGGCGGCGUGGAGACGCUGCACGUCACGCACACGCUCAACGCCUUCGCGCAGGCCUGCAACUCGCAGAUUACGAGCACGGUUCGCCCCGAAAUCCAGUCGGAGAACGGGCCGUACUGUUCGGUGUCCUUGCGCGCGGCGAACGCGCGCGAGGCGCUGGCGCAGCAGUGUGCGCGUGUGCGGGACGCCGUGCGGGCGCUGCUGGCGCUCUACACGCGCGCGCGCCUGCUGGACUUCCGGCUGCAGGACGCGCCCGGCGCCGCGCCCCACCCCGCCAAAGCAGUUCCGGCCCAUUCAGUAACUGAAACAUUACUGUUCUGCAUCGAAGCGGUCCACAGUCUGCCGCUAUGCUGGACGCACGACGAGUACCUGUUCGACGUGCAGGCGUACUAUGGCACACGACCGUUGAAAACGUUACACAUAACUCAUGUGUCAAAGAUCGAAUGUGGCGGAUUUUAUCCGAGAAUCAUUUUUGAUACUUGGAUAAAUCUCGAAGACGUACCAAUCAACACGUUACCCCGUGAAACUCGACUCGUCCUAACAUUGUACGGUCGCACACAACGCCCUGACGACCAGUUGCUAGCAGACCAGCAGAGCAGUCAGAAAGAGGCUGAGAAAAAUAGCGACGUGCAGUUCGAACAAGUGGAACUAGGCUGGACUUCUAUACAAUUGUUCGACUAUGAUGGCAUGCUGUCGGCGGGGCACUACGUGCUGCCGCUGUGGCCGGCGCGCUGCGACCGCCGCAUCGGGCCCGCGCCGCACCCGCUGCACGCGCCGCCCGCGCCCCACCCCGUCGUCAACAUCGAAAUUCCAAUUUACACCCAGACAGGUGUUAGAUGGACAAAUGUAGAUGAAGAAAGCCAAAAAUUGUUUUCAUCCGAAGAUUUACCAAAGUUCGAUUCCUUGGACGGGAACACUCAACUGCAAUUAUUGCACCUCAUAGAACAAGGAGCGUAUCAAAGAAUGCCUACGGAAUGUCGAGAGGUGCUGUGGGAGAAGCGCCAGUACCUGGUGCAGCUACCGAGCGCGCUGCCGCUGGUGCUGCUGGCCGCCACGUCGUGGAGCGGCGAGCAGCGCGCGCAGCUGGUGGCGCUGCUGCGGCGCUGGGCGCGGCCCUCGCCGCUCAACGCCAUGCACCUGCUGCUGCCCUGCUUCCCAGAUGCAGCAGUUCGUGAGCUGGCCGCGGAAAUAGCAGAUGGAAUGUCGGACGAUGAACUUAUUCGCGUGUUACCGCAGCUAGCUCAAGCACUGCGGUACGAAACUUACGAGGCUAGCCCACUCGCUGCAAUGUUAUUGUCGCGAGCGCUGGCCUCCCCCGCCGUGGCUCACAAAUUAUUUUGGCUUCUAGUCCAUUCACUGCCAAAUGUACCACUUGCACCACAUGAAGACUUCCUAGGUAUUAGUUUGGAAGAUAAUGCUAAUGAUAACUCAGAAGUGGACGCGUGUAUGACAGCAACCUGGCGGUAUCGAUUGCUCUUACGAGCUCUUUUAGCGGUCUGCGGAGAGAACCUCAACAAGACAUUGUUACAACAACAGUUAUUGGUUAAGAGCGUGUCGGAGGCGGCGCUGGCGGUGAAGGGCGCCAAGGAGGCGCUGCGGGCGCGCGCGCUGCUGGCGGGCGGCGAGCGCCUCGCCGCGCUGCUGCGCCGGCGCCCCGCCGCGCUGCCCUUCGCGCUGCACCGCGAGGUGCACGACGUCGACGUCAAGUCCUGUACAUACUUCUCAUCGAACACCCUUCCACUCAAAAUCAACUUCAUCGGCGUUGACAAUGCUGUUGUGCCAGCCAUGUUUAAAAUCGGCGAUGACUUAAGACAAGAUUCAUUAGUACUACAAGUUAUCAAAAUAAUGGACAGUUUAUGGUUAAAAGCAGGCUUAGACUUACGAAUGGUCACAUUUGAGGCGUUACCGACUAGCAGUAAAAGAGGUAUGAUUGAAAUAGUAUCAGAAGCUGAAACCCUUCGUGCAAUACAAACGGAGUGGGGUUUGACUGGUUCGUUUAAGGACAAACCAAUAGCAGAGUGGCUAGCCAAACACAACCCCUCGGAACUGGAGUACCAGAGAGCCAGGGACAAUUUUACAGCGUCAUGUGCGGGAUACAGCGUAGCGACCUAUUUGCUCGGCAUCUGUGAUAGACAUAACGACAAUAUUAUGCUCAAGACAUCAGGACAUCUCUUCCAUAUAGAUUUUGGCAAGUUCCUCGGAGAUGCGCAGAUGUUUGGAAACUUUAAGAGAGACCGAGCUCCGUUCGUCCUGACUAACGACAUGGUUUACGUGAUCAACGGAGGAGAGCGGCCGACGCAGAGGUUCCAGCAUUUUGUAGAGUUGUGCUGUAUGGCCUUCAAUAUUGUUCGAGCGCACCACGACCAUAUAUUGGACCUGUUCGCUUUGAUGGCGAUGUCCGGCGUGCCGGGCGUGUCGAGCGCGGCGGCGGGCUACGUGCGCGGCGCGCUGCUGCCGGCCGCCAGCAACGCGGAGGCCGCCGCCGCCUUCGCGCGCCUCAUACACUCCUCGCUCAAGAGCAAGUUCACGCCCAUCAACUUCUUCCUGCACAACCUGGCGCAGCUGCGCGCCAGCGGCGACCAGGGCUGCAGCUCGUCUGAGCUACUGUCUUUCAUGCCGAGGACCUACACAAUGGCUCAAGAAGGUCGCCUAGUGCGAGUGGAGUGCCUCAGCUACGAGAAGCGCUAUGACCCUGAAAAGCACUACGUAUACGCGCUACGCGUCUACAGACAGGGUCAGGCCACGCCCUCUGUCCUCUACCGGUCAUACAAACACUUUACGGAACUCUACCAGAAAAUAUGUCUGCAUUUUCCCCUUGCGAAGGUUCAUAGCCUACCCUCUGGUUUGUACGUGGGUAGAUCGAACACUCGCCAAGUUGCGGAGAGAAGGUUUAGUGACGUUCAAGCUUUUCUGACGUCUUUAUUCAGUUUAGCGGACGAGAUAGCGCACUCAGAUCUCGUGUACACGUUCUUCCAUCCGCUACUACGAGAUCAGCAGGAUGUGGAGCCUCAGAGGCAGAAAAAAGGGGAAUCAGUGGAGGCAGAGAGCAGCGGAUCGGGCUCGCUGAAGUUAUCAGUUCAGUAUACAGGGGGAGUGCUAUCUGUACUCAUUCUCCACGCUCAGUCGCUAGCUGCCACCCCCCAGGGUUUGCCGCCCAACCCCUAUGUCAAGGUUUAUCUAGUACCAGACCCUACCAAAGAAACAAAACGUAAGACGCGCGUAUUAAAAAGAAACUCGCAUCCCUCGUUCAUGGAGAUGCUCGAAUAUCGCCUCCCACUCGAAGUUGUCAAGAAUAGGAGCUUACAGGCGACCGUGUGGAACUACGACCCACUACAGGAGAAUCAGUUUCUAGGAGGUAUCAUCAUUCCCCUGGGAUCCUUAAAUCUGAAGCAGGAGACAGUCGCCUGGUAUCCCCUGGAAUACAUACCCCGGUAGCUAAUACUCACCCGCUCCGCUAUUUGGAGUACGGAUGUACCGAUCAGGUGACCGACUGAUUAUACUAUUCGAAAUCCGUAAUGAACUUUUAACCACAUAAUCGAUUGAUAACACAACUAUGCAGUAAACUAUAAUGUUCAACUAUAAGCCUGUAUGUUUAGUAGUUUUUUUACAAAAUUAAUUAAAGAAGUGUACCUUACGGCGUUAUGGAGGUUUGAUCCUCGUGUUAUAAGCGCAAAGUAAUACUUAAUUGCGCUUGACGCAAAUGAAUUUAGACAAAUUUUUGGUAGCAUGUAGUUAGAUGAAAAAUGCAUAGCAUCAAACAUUUACAGAUUUUUGUCAUGGAUCAAAUGAAUGGAACUUAUUAUUUUUUAUUUGUUUUAAUGAAAUUAAAUAUAAUCUCUUUAUUUUUACAGCAUUUAAUACUUAUGAAAUUAUAAAAUUAAUUUUUUUAUUGACACAUGCUUAAUUACACAAAUUAAUCUAAUUGUUUAUUUCUAUUUUAUAUAAACUAUCCUCCUAUCAAUCGUGAGUAAUCAUAACCAUAUUCGUUCUAUUGUAGUAAUUACUAUAGCCAAUCGCGUUACUUCUUUCACUAUAAAUGGCUGUCGGAUUUA